AUGCACACCAUGGACGGGGGGCAGGAGCGUCAACAGCAGCAGCAGCAGCAGGAAGAGGGGGAGAAGACGAUUCUGUCGAGCACGCGGAAGAAGUAUGCCAUCCUCCCAUCGGCGUCGCAUAGCCUCCUGAGCACAACCGAUCUGCGCGCGGUGGAGCGCUACAUCGCACUGAACCGGGGACAUCGCUUCACCGACCGCGACGGGCCGCUCUCGGAAUUGAUACCAGAGUUGCCGUUCGUGCGGCAGCACACCGGCGAUGAGGUGCUGCAGAUGACGGUAAAAAUUAUCCACGCCCGCGAGAGCGCCCUCGAUGUCCCGCUGCGCUUCGUCACGCCGGAGGAGUUCCACACGCCGCCGCUCGAGGACCCGCCCGCGCACCUCCCCCUCGCGCGGCGGGUGGCGACGCUGCUAAAGGGUGCCGAGUCGGUGCCGAUGCAUUGGGUAGAGCCGCGCCCAGGGGGCAGCAGCAGCAGCAGCAGCAGCGACGAAGGAGUGGCGCAGCUGAAAGUCAUGCGGGAUGCCAUGUCGCGGGCGAAGUCGGCGAUGCGCGCUGGCAACACAGUGGAAGCGGCGCAUCUGCUCUGUACCGUCGCCGCGCUUCACUACAAUAGUGGCAAUGUCGAGCUCGCGCGGUCAUUCUACGCUAAGGCGCUUGCAGCAUUUGAGUCUAUCGGUGAUGUGCGAGGCCUGGCGUUCUGUCACAACAUUCUGGGCGUCUGUUACUAUCGGCUGCGGGAGUUUAAGAUGUCGCUGCUUCACCACAAGCGACAGGAAGCCCUUGGCGGAUGCUACUCACGCGCAGUGGCGGAGAUUAACAUGGGUGUCAGCUACGCCGCACUCGGAGAACUCAACUUUGCUGAGCCGGCGCUUGAGGAUGCCUUGGUGAAUGCGCGUGCGUGUGAGAACACGUUGCUGGAGACGAUUGCAUUGGGUAACCAGGGGCUCGUGUAUCUACGCCUGGGCAACAUGCGCGCCGCACAGACAAGCUUGGAACAGUGCUUAGAAAAAUGUAGUCUUGGUGGUGACAAAAGCGGGGCCUCCAUCUGUCUGCUUCUACUCGGCGAGCUGUAUUCCCUCAUCCACGACCACCAACACGCGUUGUUUUAUUACGAGCACGCCUACCGCGUGGGUGGUGAGGCGAAGUGCUCGGAUGUAGUGGAUGUGGCACGGGUUAACAUCGGAAUUGCCCGUGGCAACGCCGCGCUGAGGGACGCCGUCCUCCAGCAAGCGAAGCGUAUGGGGCAGAACGUUGCCCUCAAGGAUGUUUUGGAGCUACUUCUUCCGUAG